AUGGUCAGAGUGUUUCUUAUGCUGUCCUUCAAUACCCUGCUGGGACUGUCAAUCCAACUCACACUCAUCCCCCGUUCAGCCGAGCAACUCUUUGUGAUUGAUGGUUCACUGCAGGUUGGGGUUGUCGAUACAACUAACAAGCUCUACACUCAAACGCUGCAAACCGGUGACAUGUUUGUGUUCCCUAAGGGACUUGUUCACUUCCAGUACAAUGCUGAUGCUCAGAAACCAGCUUUAGCAGUGUCGGCCUUCGGGAGUGCAAAUGCAGGUACUGUGUCUAUUCCCAGCAGUUUGUUCACCAAUGGCAUUGAUGACAAUGUCCUGGCCAAGUCUUUCAAAACUGAAGUUGCUACCAUUCAAACACUCAAGGCCGUUCUAGCACCCCAAGCCCUGAAAGGAUAG